AUGUUCAAACUCGGCCGCGCACCUCCACCUCAUCGUCCUCCCACUCCAGUCCCGAAGUUCAAGUAUCUCAUCAACCCGAAGGAACACGGCAGAGACUAUGCGCAUCGCCAAGAUCCCUUUGAGGGUGAUUUCUGCAUCGUCUCCAUAGACCAUGUGGCGUCUGUGGCGUACCUGGGCCCGGAAGCUAUGGAGGCUGCAAAACGUAUACCGUCUGGUCAAUAUGUAGCGUAUGUGGGUACGUCGCACGGUAUCCCUUACGAAGGCAAAGCGACAAACUCGUUCACACUCUCCCUCGUCUGCCAAGGCGUACCUCCGACGUCUGCAUAUUGCGACGAAACUCCAGCUUGCAUUCCAAUCCUCCCCAACGACACGCCAUUUGGCGGACGACAACCUCUGGAAGCUUGCGCACCCUUCCCAUGGCCGAAUUGUUACAUCUCCACCUUCGAUACGAAGGAUUGUCGCGUAACGACCGCAAAGCGCGAUUAUAGCCCCGUUCUCUGCUUGAUUCCCUUGCGCAUGGCGGCAAGGACGUAUCGCACCAUCGCUAAGGACUCUUUCUCACUGGGUAACUUCUACGACCGCCGACGUGCUAGAGACGCAGAGGCGCUCGAACGCAUGCCAUUCUCGCCCAGUCCUGAGCCGUCCGAUGACCCCUUUCCUUUCUUGCCUCCCGUCCCCGAGUCGACCAGCGAUGCCGAAGUCGCUUUACGGUCGACUUCUGCACCUCAGGACGGCGCUCGUCCCGACGAUCCUCCCACCACCUCGUCCAAAUCGCUAUCAGAUCUAACGUCGGCCACACCCAUCAACACUGCCCUGGCCACAGCUCUGUUCAGCAGUGGGGAUAUCAGGGACCCUGUCGUCAAUGUUUGGUACGAUCUGAGUAUGGUGUCUGAAGUGAGAGAUCCGGAACUAUUCAUGAAAGAGUGCGAUAUGCUCGAUCUGUUGAGAUUACAUUACCAGCACCUGCGCAAGGUCAAGGGUGGUGAUCAUCGUGUAACGGGCACGAGCACCUCGGCUUCCUUGUCGACGCUGUCAGAACCUUCCGUACCGUCAAUUCUGUACGGCAGUUCCGGCGCACACGCUUCCUCGCCGUCUCAACACGCCGAACCCUCCCCUUCAUCAACUGCUCCCCGUCUUUCAUCGAUUGACAGUUGCAUCACCAAUCAAGAAUCGUCCACCUUAGGAAUAGCACCAUCGGUUCCUGCAUCCGGUGUCGCCGCUACGGACUUGUUCACUACGCCGUCUUCUCAAGUUGAUGACGCCGUCCGCUCUCCUGAUGGCUCCCCACCGCCCCUACCGCCCCCCGGCGGCUCACCGCUUACCCAGCAGACUUCAAAAGUCUUUGAUGAACCGUGCCAGACGGUGACGGCGGACACGACAAUCACUCAGAGUGAUGUGGUCACGACACCAACAUCUAUCGGACCCGUGCGGACCUCGUCUAUUCACAGCGCUCGCCGCUCGUCCUCCAAAGCGUCGAUGCGUUUGCGCAAGGGUUCAGCGGCCGCCUCUGCUUCGCCGACGAAGAGUGACUUCCCUCUCCGCCCACAUCCCUACACCGUCCGACCGACACGCAGCAGUUCGACGCUUUCGUAUGCGGUACCCCGCUCAGGCCACGACGCGUUCGAGAGCUUGAGAAAUGGCCGCUCAAGUGCGUCUCUGAAGGCACCGCGCCGGGCUGAAACUUUCCCAGUCCCCUCAUCGCGUUCGGCACAGCAUUAG